AUGCUCGACAUUGUCAAGGUUGGAAACAUUAUAGCCGCUGGAGAAACGCACAAUGCCCAACCUGAAAGUAGUUCUGGUAAGAUCUUUCUCCCAGCCGAGCCGGACUUGCCCUUUGCUGAUAUUAGGAUAGGCGACAGCAUAUCAAGAAAAUUCACACCAUAUUUGAAGCAGAGUCCGGCGAAGAUCAGGGACCUACAAGAAGAAGUGCAGCGCCUGAAGAAGUGGAACACCGAGCUAGAAAUCAAACACCGUGCAGAUCAACAAGGAGAUACGCAGGCUUAA